AUGUCCGACGAAGAAGAUUAUGAUAUUGCUGGCUCCUUGGCCUUAGACGCAGCUGAUUCUGACCCAGAAUCCCAAUCUGAAAGUGACUUUUCUGACAAUGAAGAUAUUCAAGAUGUCAUCUCCAGUGAUGAUGAAGGUGAAGAUGAUAAACAAACAAAGAAGAAACAAAAGACAAAUAACAAGAAAGCUCAACCCAAGCAGGCCUUCCCUUCUUUGGAAUUAAGCGAUGAUGAAGAUGAUUCGAAUGAAGCUAAAGACAUGUCCUCAUAUUUUGCAUUUAAUAAUCCCCAAGCCAAAAAGGCUAAGAAUGGUUCAUUUCAAUCAUUUGGGUUUUCAAAAUUCUUAUUGACAAAUAUAUCAAAGAAAGGUUUUAGACAGCCAACUCCUAUUCAACGUAAAACUAUCCCAUUGGUGAUGGAAAAUAGAGAUGUUGUCGGUAUGGCAAGAACUGGGUCCGGUAAAACUGCUGCAUUUACUUUACCAGUUGUUGAAAAAUUAAAAAGUCAUAGUCCUAAAGUUGGUGCUAGAGCCAUUAUCUUAUCUCCCUCAAGAGAGUUGGCUUUACAAACUUUCAAGCAAGUCAAGGAAUUCAGUAAAGGUACUGAUUUGAGAUCCAUCGUCUUAAUCGGUGGUGAUUCUUUAGAAGAACAAUUUUCAUCAAUGAUGACAAAUCCUGAUAUCAUUGUUGCCACUCCGGGUCGUUUCUUGCAUUUAAAGGUUGAGAUGGAACUUGAUUUGAAAACGGUCGAAUAUAUUGUCUUUGAUGAAGCUGAUAGAUUAUUCGAAAUGGGUUUUGCAGAACAAUUAAAUGAAUUGAUUGCCGCAUUGCCUUCAUCAAGACAAUCUUUGUUAUUCUCUGCCACCUUACCUAGAUCUUUAAUAGAUUUUGCUAAAGCAGGAUUGACCAACCCAGUUUUGGUUAGAUUAGAUGCAGAAUCAAAAAUUUCAGAACAAUUACAGAUGGCAUUUUUCACCACGAAAAAAUCAGAAAGAGAAGCUAAUUUGCUUUAUGUUUUACAAGAAGUUAUCAAAAUGCCCUUGGGAACCCCAGAGCAAUUGAAAAAGUUAACAGAUAUGAACAAAAGGACUGCUGAUUCCGAUGACGAGGAUGAUGAUAGUAAUUCUAAAAAAAGAAAGAAGUUUAAAAAGGAAAGAUUACCUCCAGCUAAUGCUUUACCAUCACCUCACUCUACUAUUGUUUUCGUUCCUACUAAACAUCAUGUGGAAUAUAUAACAACGUUGUUGAGAGAUGCCGGUUACUUAGUAUCUUUUAUUUACGGUUCAUUAGAUCAGCAUGCAAGAAAGAAUCAAUUAUAUCAAUUUAGAAUUGGUCUCACCCAUAUAUUAGUUGUGACUGAUGUUGCUGCUCGUGGUAUCGAUAUCCCAGUUUUGGCAAACGUUAUCAAUUUUACUUUACCAAGUUCUUCUAAGAUUUUUAUUCAUAGAGUUGGUAGAACUGCUAGAGCUGGUAACAAAGGUUGGGCAUAUUCAAUUGUCAAUGAAAAAGAAUUACCAUAUUUACUUGAUUUGGAAUUAUUUUUAGGUAAGAAAGUCUAUUUAACUUCAAUGCAUGAAGCCAAGUGCGAGGUAUUGAAAAAGACUAAAGGUGACAGUUAUGUCGAGCCUAAGGUUUCAUAUACUGAUAGAUUGGUUUUAGGUUCCGUUCCCAGAUUAGAACUUGAAACUUUUGUUGAGUUGUUCGAGAACCUAUUGAGAAAUCACUAUGAAUUAAGAAUGAUUAAAGAUGUUUCAACUAAAGGUGAAAAAUUGUAUUAUCGUACCAGACAAGCUGCUUCCCAAGAAUCGUUGAAAAGAUCUAAAGAAAUUAUGGAGACUGGUUCCUGGGAUGAACAACAUUUAUUGUUUGGUCCAAACUUAGAAAAAGAAAAGGAAAAAUUCUUAGCUAAGCUUAUGAAUAGAAAUGUUAAGGAAACUGUCUUUGAAUUUUCAAAGAAAGGUCGUGAAAGAGAAGAAGAUAGUUUGGUUAAUUUCAUGCAUAAAAGAAGAAAACAAAUUGCUCCUAUACAGAGAAGAGCUAAAGAAAGAAAGGAAUUGUUAGAGAAAGAAAGAAUAGCCGGUUUAACUCAUGGUAUUGAGAAUGAAAUUUUAAAGGGUGACGAAGGUGAAAUUGGAUACUCUGCAAAUCAAAUGGUUGGAGCUGACGAAGAUGAAAUUCAAAAUGCUUUCGAAGAUGCUGAUGAAUUAUACGAUAAGAAAAAGAAGGAAAAGAAAUCAUUUAAGGAUCCCCAAUUUUUUAUGAGCCACUAUGCUCCUGCUUCAGUCAUUCAAGAUCAGCAACUUAAUUUAAGCUCUUCAUUUGCUAAUGAUGCAGCAAGCGCAACAUUUGAUUUGGGAGAUGAUGAACAACUUAAGGCAAACAAACAAGUUAUGAGAUGGGAUAAAAAGAAAGGUAAUUAUGUCAACUCUCAAUCUACUGAUAAGAAAUACAUCAUUGGUGAAAGUGGCCAAAGAAUACCAGCUACCUACCGUUCUGGUAAAUUUGACGAAUGGAAGAAAAAUAGAAAUAUUCUGUCUGUAAGAGCUGGAUCAAAUGAGUCCAGAGAUGCAUCUAAUACUGACAAUAGAAAAUUCAAGCACAAGAAGGUAGAAGCACCUAAAAGACCAGAUAAGUAUAGAGAUGACUAUCAUAAACAAAAGAAGAAGGUUGAAAAGGCUCUUGAUUCUGGUGUCCAAGUGAAGGGUUUCAACAGGCCAGGUCAAAAACAAGAAUUGAAAUCUACUGAGGAUAUUAGAAAGGCAAGACAACUCAAGGAAAAGAGAAGAGCAAAAAAUGCCCGUCCUACUAAGAAACGUAAGUAA